AUGACCGCUCCUUCGCCUUGUCUGAGCGAACAGGCUCAUCUCUCAAUCGCUUGGCUACUCUACAGCUCACAGAGUGCGCCUCUUCCUCACAAAAUGGGCUUCUUCGACACUUUCUACUUUGACAAAGAGAAAUACCGCCGCGACCGCGAACACCUCCCUGUGGAUGAGCUCAUCAAACAGCACCAGUCACGUACAUCCUCUAUCACAGGAAACGCAGCAGGAGCCGUCGCAGGACUCUCACAUGCUCCCAUCACGGGACCCGUUGGCCUUGCUCACGCCGGGUACCAUGCACGGCAAGUCUCUGUCGCCGAACAGCAACAAAAGGUACUAGAGGAUAUGAUCGAGGAACGUGGCUACGAAAUUCCCCGGACGAGAAAGAGGGACGUCGCAAAGGGGCUCACGUACUAUGGCGCAAAGCGAGCUGUCACGAAACUCAUUGAAUAG